AUGUCCAGUCACCCUCGUCGUCGUGAUGAUGGAAGGUCCUCCCGUCGCCAGAGGCGGACCCGCUCUCGCAGCGCCCUAGGCGAGCUGACCUUCUCCGUGGGCCACGUAGAGCGCCUGCUGCGGGAGGGCCACUACGCUCAGCGCCUGAGUUCGUCGGCUCCCGUGUUUCUGGCGGCCAUCCUCGAGUACCUGACGGCCAAGGUCCUGGAGCUGGCGGGCAUGGAGGCCCAGAAGAGCGGCAGGAGGCGCAUCACACCCGAGCUGGUGGACAUGGCCGUGCACAACAACGCUCUGCUCAGCGGCUUCUUCGGGACCACCACCAUCUCCCAGGUGGCCCCGGCCCGCGAGUGAGGGGCCCGGGCACAGCCUGCGCUGCCCACAGCCCACA